AAAGUCGGACUCCAGACCGUUAAUCUAGAAGAAGAUACACGGAGAGCAAGGCAUUAAGACAACAGAGAGCUGUGAAAAGUCAAUGGAAAUGAGGAAUCUUCCAGUUCUGCUGUUGCUAUCUGUGGCAGUUUGCUCAGCCUAUCCAUUGGACAGAGCUGCAAAGGACGAGGAUGACAGCAUGAACCUUGUUCAGCAAUACCUCGAAAACUACUACAACCUUGAAAAGGAUGUGAAACAGUUUGUUAGAAGAAAGGACAGUGGUCCUGUUGUUAAAAAAAUACAAGAAAUGCAGAGGUUCCUGGGGUUGGAGGUGACGGGGAAGCUGGACUCUGACACUCUGGAGGUGAUACGCAAGCCCAGAUGUGGGAUUCCUGACGUUGGUCACUUCAGCACCUUUCCUGGCAUGCCCAAGUGGAGGAAAACUCACCUCACUUACAGGAUUGUGAAUUAUACACUGGAUUUGCCAAGAGAUGCUGUUGAUUCUGCCAUUGAGAAAGCUCUGACAGUCUGGGAGAAGGUGACUCCAUUAACAUUCUCCAGGAUCAAUGAAGGAGAGGCAGACAUAAUGAUCAUUUUUGCAGUUCGAGAACAUGGAGACUUUAGCCCUUUUGAUGGACCUGGAAAUGUUUUGGCUCACGCCUAUGCACCUGGGUCAGGGAUUGAUGGAGAUGUUCACUUUGAUGAUGAUGAAAAAUGGACAAAGGAUACAUCAGGGAUCAAUUUAUUCCUCGUUGCUGCCCAUGAACUUGGCCAUUCCCUGGGUCUCCAACACUCGACCAACAGGGAAGCUUUGAUGUAUCCAGUCUACAACACAUUCACAGACCUGGCUCGGUUCCACCUUUCUCAAGAUGAUGUGAAUGGCAUUCAGUCCCUGUAUGGACCUCCCACAGCUUCUCGAGAUGACCCUGUGGUGCCCACAGAAUCUGUGCCUCCAGAACCUGGCACACCAGCCACAUGUGAUCCUGCUUUGUCCUUUGAUGCAGUCAGCACUCUGAGGGGAGAAACUCUGUUCUUUAAAGACAGACAUUUUUGGCGCAAAUCCUUCAGGACAUUUGAACCUGAAUUUCAUUUGAUCUCUUCGUUUUGGCCAUCUCUUCCUUCAGGCAUAGAUGCUGCAUAUGAAGUUAUUAGCAAAGACAGCGUUUUCAUUUUUAAAGGAAAUCAGUUCUGGGCCAUCAGAGGAAACGAGGUGUCAGCAGGUUACCCAAGAGACAUCCAUACCCUGGGUUUUCCUUCAACAAUAAGGAAAAUAGAUGCAGCCUUUUCUGAUGAGGAAAGGAAGAAAACAUACUUCUUUGUAGAGGACAAAUACUGGAGAUUUGAUGAGAAGAGACAAUCCAUGGAGCCAGGCUUUCCCAAGCAAAUAGUGGAAGACUUCCCAGGGGUUGACCUAGAGGUGGAUGCUGUUUUUGAAGCAUUUGGGUUUUACUAUUUCUUCAAUGGAUCUUUGCAGUUGGAGUUUGACCCAAAUGCAAAGAAAGUGACACAUGUUUUGAAGAGUAACAGCUGGUUGAAUUGUUAGGAGAGAUGCUUAGAAGGCAUAACAUGGGAAUUCUAAAUGAAGCUGAUAACUCUUCACCUAAGUCUCUGUGAAUUGAAAUGGUUCAUUUUCUCCUGUGUGUGCAGUGACUGAGAAUGAGAGUGUGAGCUGGUGUGUCUUGCCCAUUAGCUUCACAAAUUACAGGGCAUUCAAAUGGGCUGUGUGUUUGCACUUUGCUCACAUGGGGUAGCCUCCCACGGGGAAGGAAGAAGCACUUGUGCAACAGACAAGUGACUUUAUAUAGAAUAUUUUCUUAUUAUUUAAUAAAGAGGAGUUGUCAGUUA